AUGGUAGGAUUGAUUGAGACAGGUUCCCACAGCCUGUUGGAAGAUAUUGCUGCCGUCGCUGUAAGACAGUCUCCUGCCGCAAAGUGUCAAGUGACAAGAACCCACGAAACAGGCGAACAUCACAAUGUCAAAUACCUUCGGGGCUCAAUAUCAAAGGCCAUGUUCGUCAGCUGGUCCGAGGCAUUUCUGGGACAGAGGACCGGCUGA